GAAUUGCUCGAGGUCUUCUUUAUCUUCACCAAGACUCACGAUGAGAACUCUGAUAUAUAUCCUAAAAUUUUCAAAUUUUGGCCAUGUUAAAGUUGUUGGAGGAGAUCAAUCGUUAGCUAUAACAAGAAGGGUGAUACUAAUAGGUCAAAGAAAUAGAUUAUUCCAACAUUCUAAACAUGAUCUAAAUCUUCUUGGA